AUGUCGUUUGAUCGGAAUUUGAACAGCUCUCAAGAGCCCACGGCUGCGGCCACGAGCGACACUCGGGAGGAGAGUCUAGAGGAGGAUCUGGUGCACAUUCGCGUGCAGCAGCGCAGCAGCAGCCGCAAGACGAUCACCACCGUCCAGGGCCUGGCCGCGGAAUUUGACCUCAAGAAGAUCGCGCGCGCCUGCCGCAAGGAGUUCGCGUGCAACGGCACCGUCACCGAGCACCCCGAGCAGGGGCUGGUCAUCCAUCUGGAGGGGGACCAGCGCGAGAACGUCCGCCAGUGGCUGAUCAAGACGGACCUCUGCAAGCCCGACCAGCUGAAGGUGCACUGA